AUGGCUACUAACGGCGUUAAGAAGAUCCACUGCGGAUAUGGUUCUCUAGCCAUAGAAGCUGAGAAAUAUGAACGUCUUAAGCAUGAGCCAUCGGGUGACUGGAACGCUGGUGUUGAAAGGACAUGGCUUAUCGUUUGUGUUCUUGUCGCAGUGAUCACUUCAACACAAAUUGCCGUCAGCAGAAUUUUGAACCCAACUGUAGCCCAGCAGCUAGCUAUGGGAUGUUUAAAAACGAAGUUAAUGGCCCGUCUGUUGUUGGCAGACGUGCUAAUCGAUCGUCAGAUUUGCGUAUAG